CAAUCAAUAUAUCGGCACGAUGCAAUCUGGAAUCCGAUCAUACCAAACUUGGACGAUGUUUACGACCUUGGCUUGAUCUAUGGGAAAUGAUUAGAGUGCAAGAAGCUCAUGCAUCAAAUCUCGUAUAUCCGAUUCCAUUCUAUUCACGUGAAUCAGUAUUAUUCCUCUGUAGUGCCUAUCAUGACAGUCGAUCAACAUGUAUGACAUCUGAAGUACUUGAAAAAUGCAAACGUAACGAAAUGAUAAUUUUCAUACAACGUAAUAUGCGCUAUUAUUGUGGCAAUAAAGCUAAAUUGAUUUUUGGAAAUUUCGAUUGUCUUCAUGGUGCGCUAAUGUCACAACAACACUGUUGGCGACAUAUUCAGGAUAUCUCAUCAAUUAAUCAUGGAACCGGUAAAUGUUUUGGUAUACCAACAUUUUUUGAUUGCAUAUUACCGGCGAUACAAUCAAAAUGCCAAAAAUCCGGCGUUUAUAUCUUCGUUGAUGCAAUUACCUCAUUUGGAUGCGCUCUUAGCAAAGAGUUGAUACAACAAUCUGCGAAUUAUACUGCAAAAAUAAAUGAUACUGGUGAAUUCACUGAAGAAGCUGGCAAAACAUAUAUACGGAAUGAAUUACCGGCCGCGCUUCCAGUACUUGAUGAAGAAAGAAAUGGUCAGUAA